AUGCCGCCGCCCCCGGGCUGCACCUACCUCUACGAGCUGACCGCGGUCCCAAACGUUUGGCCGUUGGAGACGGUGGUCGACGCCUUCCUCCACCUGGCCUGCUACGACCCUGCCUAUCGUCCCGGUGCGGAGCCCGGCCUCCUGGCGCUCAGGGCCCGGCUCCUGGAUCUCUGGGUUUUGCGGCCGGUGGAGGCCACGGCCUGGCUGGCUCAGCAGCAGGAGCUUUACGAGAGGCACCUGGGAGGGAAGGAAACCAAAGAGGCACGGCUGGCCGAGCUGCUCUUCCAGCAUGGGCGAAGUGAACGGAGCCGGUGCUAUGUGAACUCCUUCUCGGACGCGGGGCUGGUUCGAGUGGCUGGGAGUUGGGUGUUUUCCCCGCAGUGGGAGGCCAUCCUCCGUCCUCGCUGCUCGGAGCUCGCUGGGCAGCUGCCAGCAGCCGAUGCCCAGGCCCAAGCCGAUGAGACGGCCCCGAAGAGGCACAGGCUGGAAGAGAGGAGAGAGGAGCAGCAGCUUGCCGAGCGCCUGGAGGCAGUGGAAUCCGAGCUCCAGGCGGCGAAGGAGGAGGUCGCCCAGCACAAGACGCAGAACGAGCAGCUCAGCGCCGGCUUGGAGGACGCCCAAGCUGCAGCUGCAGAGAAGCAGCGGGAGCUCCAAGCCGCGAAGCAUGAGUGCGAGCUGCUCACGGAGCGCCUCCAGGCCAUGCAAGACGAGGGUGCUGCACAGAAGGAGCAGCGCGAGCAGCUUGCACGUCGCUUGGCAGCAGCCGAGGCCGAGGCAGCAGGCAAGCGGAGUGAUGUGCAAAGGCUUCAGGACGAGUGUGACAAGCACAAGGAGUGCUGCGCGCAACUCACGAAUCGCUUGGCUGUGGUGGAGACUUCGACCGACAAGGCCGAUGUGCAGACCCUGCUGGAGAACGCAGUUCUGAAGGAUCGCUGCGAGCUGCUUGGGCAGCAGGUGUCGAAGGCUGAGGCCAAGUUGGAGGAGAAGUUGGGCCAGAUGCAGGAGGAGAAGGGGGUGUACAAGGAGCGCUGCCGUCAGCUGGAGCGCCAGCUUGCCGAGGCCAAAGAGGAGGCCAAGUGCUUGAAAGCCCAGCUCCUUUCCACUACCCCAGCUUCGCGUGAAGAGGCCUCCGGCCCCGGGUCGAAGCUCGCAGAGCAGUCGGGAGUCGCCAAGGCGGGGGGCCUCGUCACAGGCCAAGCCGUGGAGGUGAGCUUGGAGUCCUUGGCUGCGGCGCUGCAGGUCAUGCCGGGCCAUGCUGCGCAGGUCGACGCGCUGGGCGAGCUGGCAAAGCUUCUCCACCAGGCGGCUGGGAAACUGGCGGUUGGGGACUUGGUGGUCCUCGAUUCCGGGGAUCCCGAGGCCCUCUCCAGCAUCCACACCGAGCCCAGCGAGGGCGAGGAGCUGCAGGUCGUCUUCGAGCCGGACCUUCCCCACAGGAGCUUGCUAGUUUGCUGA